GAUUUGAGGCACUUGGAAAGCCUCGACGUGAGCGGGAACCAUUUGCAGGAGCUCCCGGAUAGCCUGCUCAAAUUGACCGACCUCUUGAAGCUCCACGCGACGGGGAACGACCUGACCGCCGUUCCCGACUUGGGACCACUCACAAAGCUCUUGGACCUCGACUUGUCGAUGAAUCAGAUUCCUGACCAGCCAGAAUGGCUCGACAAGCUGACAUCUUUGAAAACCCUGGAUUUAUCCCGCAAUCUCAUCGACGGAAGGUUGACGUCGGCCGUCUGCGCGCUCGCGGAGCUGGAAACGCUCAAGCUCCGGCGCAACCUCCUCGACGGUUUGCCGGAUUGCAUGGGAGAUCUCAUCAGCCUCGAUGAUCUUGAUCUGGCAUAUAACGAGCUCGUGGAUGCGCUGCCGGAAACGUGGGGCCUCGCGAAAUGGCACAGACUCUACCACCUCCACGUCUCCGACAACAAGCUCAAGACGCUCCCCGCCAGUUUUAGCGCGGCGCUCAUCGUACUCAGGUCUGAAAAUAACAAGCUUUCCGAAUACCCGCCGAUGCUUACCACGCAGCGCGCUGUUACGACCAUUUUCCUGAGAAACAACAAAAUAACGUCGCUGCCGACCACCUUCGGACCUCGCGUCAACGAAUCGAGUUCCGCGACGAUGGAGCUAGACCUCGCGUACAACAGGAUCGAGACGGUUUCCGAGGCCAUCGGUGAGCUAGAAUAUCUCAGAAAGUUGGACUUGCAGUACAAUUCGAUUCGUACGAUCAGCGAGGACAUCGCGUACGCGAGAUCCAUCGAGAAGCUCAAGCUCGCGGGCAAUCAGCUUCUAGAUCUCCCGGAGGGCGUCGGGCGCAAAAGA